GUCAUAGUUGAGGUCUAUUUGCGCUGCACUCGGGUUAUUUAGGCACUCAACAUGGGACCAGCAAAUUGAUCAGAGGUUGAUCGUAAAAAAGUUACUGGUAUAUAUGCUCGGAUCAAUUAUCAAAUGAUGAUAUAAAGAAGGGUUUGUCGAUGUUAUAUUAGCCGUGAUGAUGAGCAAUAGCUACAGUUUUCAUAGACUUCUCUAAUUAUAAUUCUGGACAGAUGUUGCCCAAAGUCCUCCAUCGAACGCUGCACACGAGUAUAAAAAAAAUCUGAAGUUAGUUAUUUGCAGAGCAAAGAUUACCGAUUGGUUUGAAGUAUAGGUCAAAGUAUUCGACUGUAUUAUUUGAGGAUUGCAACUGUGCCACUGAAACUUAUCAGAAAAUGGCUGAAAAUUUCACGGAAGAAGAAAUUGAAGCUUUCAAGAAUGCUUUCCAGCUUCUGGACAGGGAGGAGAAUGGUUUGGUAUCGUUCAAGAAGACUGGGUUCUUACUCCGUUCAGUUGGGGAAAAUCCUUCCGAAUCCAAGAUGAAUGACAUAAUCAAUGAUCUACACGACGCCAAUGGUUUCGAGCGUGGCCGAUGGAUUGACUUCACAGAUUUUCUCCUCAUUAUGUCGAAGAUAAGACACGAAGAUGAGGGAAAUGACCUUGCCGAUGUAUUCAAAGUCUUUGAUAAAGAGGGCACAGGAAACAUGAGGACAGACGAACUAAAGAUGGUUCUAGAAAUUCUGCAGGAUGACGUCAUCCAAGACGAAAUCCCUGAGAUGCUGGCCGACUUUGAUCUAAAUGGUGACGGUACGAUAGCAUUUGAAGAAUUUGCUGCUGUGAUGGAAUUCAACAAGAAAAGGGCAAAUGCACACAAACCAAGUAGUGAGGCUGGAUCAACCGCGGGGGAUGCUGGGAAAGAUUUAGCGGCUGUGAUGGAGAUCGUCGAGAAAAGGGCAAGUGAACAUGAAGCAAAUACUGGAUCAACCAAGGAUGAGGCUGGAACAAGUAAAUAGCAACUUAAUGAUAGGCUCAUCUUCCCGGAAUCUAGUCCAGGUUCUGACUUCCUCAAUAUUUUGAUGAUCAUGCUUGAGUCUUCAUUCUAAGCAUAUAAGGCGAUGAGGCUACAAGGGAAGUCUAAACUUCAUCACGAAAGGAAAGUGACGAAACUUUGACAAAGUUCCAAUCAGAUUCUAAAUCCCUUGUUGUUCAUAUGGCUCUCGUCUGCAACAACAACACCAACAACAAACUAUUAAUGAUAUAGUUACAGAUCUAAUGACCUGUUAAAUGAUGGAAGUCCCUUUGAAAGAAAAAGGGGAGAAAAACCACCGAUGACAAACCACCGAUGCCUUACAAAACGAUUCUUUUUAGAUGGGAAAGUCGGAUGCCACAAUGGUGUUUGUCCAAUUGAAAAAAAACCCAACUCAAUCUGUAUGCAGAGAGCUACUUUAUUUUUAUGUAUAUAUAUAUCCACUUUUUAUAUGGAUGCAAUAACAAUGUCGGCGUGCCUAAAGUUUUAACUGGUUUAAAGGCUGUAUAAGGAUGUAGAUUAUUUUGUAAAACAUAUAUAUAGAUUUUGUAAAACAAACAUAUAUGUAGAUGUGCUGAUCUCGGCUGAUAACAUCAAAAUUAAGCAGACCUGCAAGAUUCGAAAUUGAAAAUAAAGAGAGAGACAUACAUAUCGGCCUUUCCGCAUGAAUUACACAGUGCAAACCACACUGGUAAAUUCUGAAGUUCAAACAGUAUGAAUUGCUGAGACUACACUGCAGACAUACUGUACUUCAUUGUAAAACAUAAUGUGAACCACACUGUGUUUAAAUCAAUUAUGUACCACAUUUUCAAAUUUUGGCGUUUUGACAGAAUCAGAGAAAAUAUCCUGUAGAUACUGUGUGAUUCACUGUGGACACACUGUGAACUAUUUACCACAGUGUGGCUGAACCAUGGCAUUCCGUUAUUGGCACUAUGAUUUCUAUAGUCAUAUUUUCGAAUAUGAUCAACUUGGUGUUCACGUUGUGAAAUUUGAUUUUUCACACUGUGGAAUAAUUAUUACCUGGUAUGAAAUUGUCAUUACAUUUGAGAGAGCACAUUCAUACCAGGCAAGUGGGAGUUUUAACCCCCCCCCUUCCUUGUUCAUACUAUAAAUUUGAGCGUGCUAUGAUGAAAGCUUUGUGAUAUACACUAUACCUUGGAGGUGUCUACAUUGAGAAACCAACUAAAUAUAUAAUAUUGUACACUGUGUUCUUAUAGGGCUUUAUUAAAGAUAUACUUUGGUUUAAAGGCUUGGCCUGGUUGAGAAGGAACAGAAAAUCGGACCGGGCUGCCUCUUAAGGUCUAUACAUGUUUCCUAAAAUGGAAAUAAUAUAUAUAUAUUUUUGGUAGAGUGUGACAUAAUCACUGAUAUAGAUUAAACAUUUGGCCGGAAUUAAAAUGUGCAAAUAAUAUGAAGAGAUUGGGUUCUCUAUUUCGAAUAGGGGCCUCUUUCGUGAAGACUUGCGACUAUUUGUAGCUUUGGAACUACAGUAAUUGAUCACUAGGACAUUGGUUUUGAUUUGCAAUUGAGCCCUGUUAAUAUGGAAGUUAUCAUAAUUGCAAAAUUACUACAAAUCCUUAGAACUUUCGUAACCGUGCCUGAUGUCCCAAUAGUAUACAGUAAUGUGAAAUCAUGGAUCUAUUUUUUAAUGUUGUAAAUGUAUCCUAAUUGUACCGUAAUAAUUUGUAGAUAUCUUGACAGGCUUACAUGAAUUUGUUUUGAUUUUUUUUGGUACUAUACGUUUUUAAAUAUUUUUUAAAAACAAAUUUACUGCAUUCCAUAUCACUUGCAAUAGUAAAAAUUGCAUAUAUUAUGAGUA